AUGAUUAAAAAACUAGACUUAAGUAGCUACACGCCAGGAAAUAGGACUCCAUAACAAACUAAUAGGUCUCUAUCACCUAGCUCUAAGGGUUCUGAUAAAGGAUAAUCUACUUUUAAUAAAUAAGAUUUUUUGUUUUUAAAUACUGAUGACUCUUAAUUAACCUUCUCACCAAGAAUAAAUAACAAAAACCAAAGCUCUACAGUAUUGUUUUAUCAAAACAAGCUCAGGAUUAAAGUAAAUAAAUGUACUUUUGAUGAUUUAUUAUCUUGGAAAGGCAAUUAUAAUAAAAUCGAAAUAGAUUAGUCAAUAAUUUAAUACCUAUUUCCUAGUUUAUAAGGAAAACAGGGUGAUACAGAUUCAGAAGAAUUCAUAAAUUCACCAGAACUAGCAAAAAAAAUCAUAUUGGCAUAUGAGCUUAUUUUAGAUUAUUAUGGGUUAAAGCUUGAGAACUAAAUGAAUGGAGAGAUAGUUCCUAACAAUAAUUACAGAGAGAGAUAAGAAUAAACUUUACAGAAGACAUUAUCAAAAAAUGUACAUGCUUAUAGGGUUAAAAGAGUUCUUAAUUUCCUUUCUAAAACAGGAUUUCUGGUGUAUUGCCAUCAGUUUAUUAAAUUUAUGUAAACUUAAAUUAAAGGGGAUGACUUACUACUGAAAAAGGCUUAAAUAGGCCAAACAGAUAGAUUAGAUUUUAAAAAUGUGCCUGUACCACCUUUAUUUCAUUUAAAUGAUAUUUUUGAAAGCGAUUGGAAGAAAUUCGAUGAGCUAGAUUUAAAAAAUGAAAUGCAGCAGAAAAUGCUUAAGAAUUAAUCAGUAUUUUUCAAAUCUUCAAAGUACACAAAAUCUAAAUUACUUACAGAAUUCGAUAAUUAAAAUACUUACACAAUUUAAAAAAAUAAAACUAGUGCAUGA